AUGGUCGCGUAUGAUGGUAUAGGAAACUCCCGGGAGCACGUCUUGAACUAUAAGACGUUCAUGAAACUGCAGACCCACUCGGAUGCUCUGAUGUGUAAAGUUUUUCUAACCACCCUUAUUGGACCAGUCCGAGCAUGGUUCAUUGCUGGGGUCCCAGCCGAAAGGAAAACAAGCUACCUAGAAACAAUUCGGCAGAGGAGGAAUGAAUCUCUGAGGGAAUAUGUGACUAAGUUCAACUCAGAGGCUCUACAAAUUCCUGAGCUCGACGAAGGCAAAGCAGUAGAAGCCAUACAGAAGGGCACUACCUCUCUAGAGUUUUUUGGAUUGCUGUGCAGAAAGCUACUCACCACCUUGGUAGAGCUGAUGAAAAGAGCAGAAAAAUAUAUAAGGCAAGAUGAUGCCUUGACCACUAGCAGAUUUGCCAAGGAAGCAGGAGAUAGAGGAAAGAUUGGGGAGGAUAAGCGGCCAGACAGGCAAGAAAGGAGACAGGACCAGGGGUCUGAAGUGUUGAACAAACACUGGAGGGAGAGGAAGGAGCAAAGACCCUAUCAACCUCUGAUUUCUGAGAUGAUCACUCCCAUGAAUGUGUCCAGGACCGAGGUGCUCGUAGUAAUCUAG